AUGCCAGCAACUGAGGAGAUCGAAGAUCCAGGGAGUGAAAUAAGUUGUCUGUUAACGGAAGUAGAGAAGGCCUGCGCUUGUGGAACUGAGGAACGGGGUUCUAACAUCAGAUAUGAAAAAGAGAGGUUUGACCCUACUCAGUUCCAGGACUGUAUUAUUCAAGGUUUAAGCGAAACUGGCACUGACUUGGAGGCAGUAGCAAAGUUUCUUGAUGCCUCUGGAGCGAAACUUGACUAUCGCCGCUAUGCAGAAACGCUCUUUGAUAUUCUGGUGGCCGGCGGAAUGCUGGCCCCAGGUGGUACCCUGGCAGAUGACAUGAUGCGCACAGAUGUCUGUGUAUUUGCGGCACAGGAAGACCUAGAAACCAUGCAAGCAUUUGCUCAGGUUUUUAACAAGCUAAUCAGGCGUUACAAGUACCUAGAGAAAGGCUUUGAAGAUGAAGUCAAAAAGUUGCUGCUCUUCCUGAAAGGUUUCUCAGAGUCCGAGAGGAACAAACUGGCCAUGUUGACGGGUAUCCUACUAGCCAAUGGGACACUUAACGCAUCAGUUCUCAACAGUCUUUACAAUGAGAACUUGGUUAAAGAAGGUGUUUCUGCAGCUUUUGCAGUCAAGCUGUUCAAAUCAUGGAUAAAUGAGAAAGAUAUUAAUGCAGUGGCUGUCAGUCUUCGUAAAGUAAACAUGGAUAACAGGCUGAUGGAACUCUUCCCAGCCAACAAACAAAGUGUUGAACACUUCUCCAAGUACUUCACUGAAGCAGGAUUAAAAGAACUUUCCGAGUAUGUUCGGAACCAACAAAGCAUAGGUGCUCGGAAGGAGCUGCAGAAAGAACUUCAGGAGCAGAUGUCGCGGGGAGAUCCAUUUAAGGAUAUAAUCUUGUAUGUGAAGGAGGAGAUGAAGAAAAACAACAUCUCGGAACAGACUGUGAUAGCCAUAAUCUGGUCAAGUGUAAUGAGCACGGUGGAAUGGAACAAAAAAGAGGAGCUGGUAGCAGAGCAAGCCAUUAAGCACUUGAAGCAAUACAGCCCUCUACUUGCUGCCUUUACUACCCAAGGUCAGUCAGAGCUGACUCUUCUACUGAAGGUUCAGGAGUACUGUUAUGACAACAUCCACUUCAUGAAGGCCUUCCAGAAAAUAGUGGUGCUCUUCUAUAAAGCGGAAGUUCUGAGUGAAGAACCUAUCCUGAAGUGGUAUAAAGAUGCGCACCUUGCAAAAGGUAAGAGUGUUCUUCUGGAGCAAAUGAAAAAAUUUGUUGAAUGGCUCAAGAAUGCGGAAGAAGAGUCCGAGUCUGAUGCUGAAGAAGGUGACUGACCUGCAAAAUUCUGUCCUCAGUAAAGCAAACAGGAGCUGUAGAUAAGUGUCAUGUCUCAUGUGUUCUGAUUCUUACAUCCUACCUCCCUGUAUCAAGCAUGAUAUAAGGGCUCUCAUGGCGCAAAUUUAUUUUAACCGUUUUCUAUAGUACAGAAAUAUUGGGUUUAAUUUUUAAAACCAUGUUUUAAGUAGCUUACACGAGCUAUAGAUUUGAUUCUAACCUACAUUAGUCCUUUCAGUUAUUCUACCUCCUGUAUUUUCUACUGUAAUGAUGUAAUUUAAGGCCUUCCACAAUGAAAUCCAUUUCACCCCUUGGGUUGUCUAUCUGCAUUUGAGUAGACAUGCUUUGGUAAAUGAGAUUUAUGGCAGUUCUGUUUGCAAAUUAAACUGAAGUCUCUACAGUGAA